CAAAACCCUUCGCUAACUUGACGUGAAACCAUGGUCCAUGAAACCGUACCGGAGAUCGUACCGGAAAAGUUAGCGGUAGAGUAUUUUAUGACAACACCGUGGUUUUACCGUAGUUUAACCGUUAGUACCGUUAAAUACCGCAUACCGGUUUAGCCUCUGAUACUGGUAUUUUGUGGUUGAACCGCCGGUACGGUACGGUUUCAUGGACUAUGCGUGAAACUAGGGUAUCAACCCAAUAAAAUAUUACCACUUACUCCUAAAUAAAAAGUGUUCCCACGUGUCACGAAAACAGACAUGCAAUCCUCAACAUAUUUGAGGUUUUGCUCGACUGUUAGGGGAUAGAGCUGUGAAAAUCUUUGGGUUGGCGCACAACAACAAGAAUUCCCCGGAGACAGAUCAACCCCAAAACCAAGCAAGGAACAAAAGAAAAGCACACAGACAAAGAGAGAGAUAACCGUCAUGGCCAUGGCUUUCUCUCUCAGGGUCAGGGUUACACCCACUUCGAAACCUCCUCCUGCUUCUUCUUCUUCUUCUUCUUCUUCUUCUUCUAGCAUUCCUCGCACAGCCGUCAUUCUUCCCGGGUUGGGGAACAACUCGGCUGACUAUGCAUCUCUGCAAUUGACGCUGCAGGGAGAGUAUGGAGUGCCCACGGUGGUGGCCAAGGUGAGCAGAGUUGAUUGGCUCAGAAAUGCCGCUGGUCUUUUGGACCCUAGUUACUGGAGUGGCACUCUCAAGCCUCGCCCUGUUCUUGAUUGGUAUUUGAAGAGGGUGGAUGAUGCUGUCCAAGAGGCUAAGGCCCUUGCUCAAGGCGACGAGACUCUGUCGUUGAUCGGUCACUCAGCAGGCGGGUGGCUUGCUCGUGUCUACAUGGAAGAGUUUGGGGUGUCUGAUAUCUCCCUCUUGUUAACUCUUGGUACUCCCCACUUGCCUCCUCCAAAGGGCAUUCCUGGGGUGAUUGAUCAAACAAGGGGUCUUCUUUACUACGUCGAAGAGCAUUGCCGCAAAGCUGUCUUCACUCCACAGCUUAAAUACGUAUGUGUAGCUGGGAGGUAUAUUAAAGGCACAAAACUAGUUGGGAACACAGAGGAGCAGCAAGUUGGUCCAGUUGUCCCUGUGACUGAUGAGGUCCUUGCAGCGGAUGUUGUCAACUCCACCACGAAUCCAACAUUCCGAGCACGAUUCGUAGGACAGGGCUAUAAACAGGUGUGUGGGAGAGCAGACGUGUGGGGAGAUGGAGUGGUGCCUGAGGAAUCAGCCCAUUUGGAGGGUGCGCUCAAUAUUACCUUGGACGGAGUUUACCACUCGCCAAUUGGCUCAUCCGACGACUCCCAGCGCCCUUGGUAUGGCUCUCCUGGCGUCAUCGAACAGUGGGUUCACCAUCUCCUCCACUAAACAGGAUGUUGAAUUAGAAUCUUCUGUCCAAAUGGUCAGCUAUCAAAAAUUGUACCAAUAAAAAUUGUUCUUCCCAGUCUUCCUUGCAGUUCAGGGGGGUUAGGGUUAGGGUUCCAAGUUGUACCAUUGCUAAUAGUGAAGUACUAAUACAACCUUUUUCUUCCGGCCUUUCGUGGUGGCCAAUGGCCCCUAAACCACAGUUCUGAAUGUUGUUAGUUCCCAUUAGAGACCUGAGAUGAACACAUCAUGGGACAACAUUUCACUAACCACAUUUCUCACUGCCCUACUUCUGAGCUUGGAGAUCAUCUGCCAUGAUUUUGCUCAAGAUGACAAUGAAAACAGGAAAAAGAAACAGCUGAUCUAUAUUCUGCAAACAUCAUGGCAUCAAAAGGGUGAGCUAUUGAAGAGGAUAGGAGUAUGGGAUAUGAAAGUGAGCAGUUGUUUAACCAUUGUUGAAGAAGCAAAUGCUUUCUUCCCCUAGCUACUUUUUACAGAGUCAAGAUCAGAACUAGUUCACUUGCAACAAAAAGGUGUCCACAGUUUGGGGACUCAAACAAAACCACAAAUAUCGACAAGAAAAACAACAUUCCAGG